AUGAGGGCUGCGUUCCUGGUGCUGCUCCUCUGGGCUGUAGCCUGUGCUUAUCCCGUGCCUGGCCCUGAGCCCUCCCGCCCCCGCCGCAGCACCCAGCAGGAGGACACAGCAAGUGAAGAUUACAUCAACAAUCUGGGCAACCUCCUGGGUGGUGGAGAUGGCAGACAUCCUCCUGCCAAUGCAGAGAGGGGGGACAAUGCCCUUGCCAGGGACCCGGCGGGUGGGAACGCCGUGGGCGAGGAGCUGAGCAAGGAUGGUGGCCAAGACAAGGGAGGCAGAGUUGGGGAGGCUCAGCACCUGAACCGGGUGGACCACGAGGAUCCAAGUGCCCAGGAUGGGAAUAGCCUUGCUUUUCUGGAGGAGGAUGCACGUGAUGCUGAUGAUGGUGACAACAGAGAGCACCACGGCCCCAGAGUCAAUGGGCCUCCCUCCCACACUGGCGGGCUCUUGGAUGAGGAGGAUGACAGUGGGGAUGACACCUUCGAUGACAACGGGGAAGAGGAGGGGGGCGAAGGUCCUACUUAUGCAGCUGGUGCAGGCGAACAUGGCCACGAUGCUGGCCGUGGGGAUGCUGGGGCUGGCAGAGGCCGGCACGAGCGGACCUACAGGCAGGGAGGGGGCAGCAGCAGCAGCCAGGAGGAGGAGAGCUACGACUUCGAGGAUGAAGCCAUGCAGGGCGACGAUCCCUCCGUCUUUGAUGGCCCGGGCAGCAGCUACAAGGGGCGCCGCCGAGUUGCUGCCAGCCAACCAGACAAAAACCGUCCCAGCCGCUCCGAGGAGGACAAAGAUGGGGAGGACAGCCCGUCCAGGGAGAGUGAGGACAGCGAGUCCAGAGAGAGUGCCGCCAACCAGUCAGAUGAAGAGCCAGGGGAUUCCCCAGAGGACAUCUCCCAGGAGGUGGUGAGCACGUCAAGUGAGCGCAGUGGCAGCCGGUCCCAGGAAGAGGCCCGGGGGUCUGCUGAGGACAGGAGUGCCCCAUCCAUGCCUGACAGCGAGUCUGCGGAAAAUGACGGUGACCAGAGUAAGUCACGGGAAGAUGAGGGUGAUGAGAGCCAGUCCACAGAGGACACUGUGGAGGAGUUAGACGAUGAGAAUGACUCUGACCCUGAUGGGGACGUGCCAAGCACGUCAGUUGAGAGCCAGAGUGCAUCCCCGGAGGAUGACGGCAGCCAGGAGGACAACGCAGGCGAGGACAGCAGCUCCACAGAGAGCAACAACAGCGAGUCCCAGGAGGAGGAUGAUGGUGAGGAGAGCCACUCUCAGGAGGACACCACUCGCGAGUCCAGCAGCCGCGGGGACGACAGCUCACCACAGAGCCUAGAGAGUGGGAGCCGCAAACGACGGCCGGGCUCUUUCCGCAACAAGCCUGCUGCCGACUACGACGACAAUGACUGCCAGGACGGUUACUGA